CAAAUUAACAACCUAAAUUGCCAUUACAUUUACAUUAUAGCAUCAUUUACUUUUUUGUUCAGUUACCGGCACAUAUUAUCUUACUAAAAAAUACGUCAAUAAAAUAAAAUAAAACAAAAAAAGGAGGAUCCGAUCCCUUGCAAAAAAGGUGAUCCAUGACAAAAAGCAUAAUCCCUCUACUAGUAACAUCUAUGUCGAUAAUGAAAGAAACCCGCGCCGACUAUUUUCAUUUAUGUAAUAGACUUUUCAAGGGGAUAUAAUACACUCAAGUCAUAUCCGAGACUGAUUACCAUACUCAGAUAUAAUCAAGCUAAAAAGAAACAUUGAUAUCAGUUUUCGUGCUUAUUUUCUUUCAAGCUGAAUAUCGCUAUGGAUAACAUCGCACAGAAAAUGCCCUUGUUACAGUCAACAGUUUUAAAUUGUAAUAGUUUUAACGACGACGCAAAUGCACCAAGCAAGCAAAGAGAGUUGGUUAGCUACCUGGGUAAUGUCAAGAUACUUCGUCCGCUUGAUUUGGGAAUGAGCGGCUCCGUCGUGGAGAUUUACGAGAACUCAAAGAAGAAGCGAAAAAGCAAUACAUUGCCUAUAUUUGAGGUUGAUUUUUGCAACGAUUCGCUUUGUUUGAUUCCAGUGGAUGAAGACGAAGGACAGGCUAUAGAGUUCUGUUUGAAGAGAAUCACUUGUUGUGGUGUCGAUAGCAAAAAGAAAAGGAUAGUCGUCUUCAAUUACCAUGACACGACUAGUGCACAAGAUGGUCUUCAUUUUCAAACCCAUGCUUUGCUCUGUGAUUCUGAGAAGACAGCAAAACUAUUGGCCAUACGAAUUGGAGAAAUCUUCAAAGAUAAACAAACGUAUCAAACUAAAGUUACUAACUGAAAGGGAUGUUUGUGGCCACAAAAAACAUUUUGAAUUCCUGGGAUGAAUAAAUCUGACCUGGCAGAAAGCAAGGCGUAAAGCUCUUGAAGUACCGAUUAUCAUAAAUAUUCUUUACCCUAUAGGGCGAUCUUUAUUUACGUUUAUUCCUCAUUAGCAUAAAAAAUUCAAGCUACAAGCAAACCGACUCCA